AACGGUAAAAAAAAAACCCAUUAAUACGCUUCACCUGCCCUUGUCUCUUUUCCAUCGAGUCAUUUCUUCAAAUUCAAUACACAAAAAACAGAGCAAAAAGACACGAGAGGCAAAUGCUGAAGCAACAUUUCAGCCACCGCCACCCACUCACCGCCACGGCGGCGGCGGAGGACGAUGGAACAAUCUGCUCAGGCUGCGAGCUCGGACUUUCCGGCGUCGCCUACAAGUGCACAAAGCCUGACUGCGAGUUCAUUCUCCACGAACUCUGUUUCGCCCUUCCGUCGGAGAUCCACCACCCCUCUCACCCAAAGCACCCUCUCAUCCUCACUGGAUCUCCGCCGUACGAUGGCGGCGAGUUCGCCUGUGACGGAUGCGGCGACAUUGGCUCCGGCUUCAUCUACCGGUGCUCCCGGUGCCAGUUUGACCUGCAUAUCCACUGUGCCGCCCUGCCGGAAAUCAUGGCCGGAAAGAACCAUGGGCACCCGCUCCGGCUUGAGUUCCGUUCAAAGGGGAAGGGAUUUCGGUGCGGUGUUUGUGAGGGAGGAUUUGGGAAUGGGUGUUGGGUAUAUUACUGUGGGGAUUGUGAUUUUGGAGUUCAUGUUGACUGUUUCGUGGCUGAAGAUGAAGGGGAAGAGGAAGAAAUUGAAUGAUUUUAGCUGCUGAAAUUCACUUAUUUUUAAACUAUUUUUAGACAAAUUAUGAAUUUACUCCUUCAAUUUUGAUCGUUGAUCA